AUGUCUCGCCGAACAAGCCGGAGUCCAUCGCCGGCGCACUUCGCUAGUUCCUGUAGCAGUACCAAUCCCCGGGAGAUGGAACGAAGGAUUUUUGUUGGAAAUUUGCCGACGUCUGACAUGGAUAAGAAGGAUUUGAUUAAUCUUUUCAGCCCAUACGGAAAGAUAUGUGGCGUUUCCCUGUUGCGUGGAUAUGGAUUUGUACAAUUUGAACGUGUAGAGGAAGCGGAAUCUGCAAAGCUGGCCCAAAAGGGUCGAAUUUAUAAAGGGUAUAAAAUAGAUGUAAAUAUGGCAGUGGAGCGACGGUCAGCUAAACCUCAUUCCCAGCAGAGCCCUCCACGCAGGGCAUUUGGCGGUUACGGGGACGGCAAAGAGCCACGGCCCAGGUCCCGCUCACCAGUUAACCCUCGCGAGUCCCGCGACCGUGACUCACGCGACCCCCGAGAUCGCGACAACCGCGAAGGACGUGAUGGGAGGGGCUCUCCAGGUAGGGAACCCAGACCAGGAAGCCACCCUCGUGACCAUGAGUACCGUUUUCGCGGUUCCGAUGGCAGAGACAAGGACCUGAGAGGACCACGAGAUCCUGCCUAUAAUAGAGUGGAUUAUGACCGUCACUACCGUGGUGGAAACCCUGGUGAUGACUACUACAGAAGGAAGGAUGAACCAUUUAGGGACCAGUACAGGAACCCUUGGAAUGGACGUCGGGAGGUUGAAGAUGAUCGUGUUCGCCCGGAGGAGCGAAGGCGUAACGAGUUGUAUCGACAGUACUACGAAGAACUGCAGCGGCGCCAGGAAACUGAUCGCCCAGUCGACUGCUCCGUGAUUGUUGUCAACAAGGCCCAAAACCGGGAGUAUGCAGAGACUGUUGGGCGCAAAGUGCACGACUUGGGCAUGGUCGUGGACCUGAUCUUCCUGAACACAGAAGUGUCACUGACACAGGCGCUGGAGGACGUGGGCCGCGCUCGCACACCCUUUGCAAUCAUCAUUACCCAGCAGCACCAGCUGCACCGAUCCUGCACAGUCAACAUCCUGUUCGGCACCCCUCAAGAGCACCGCAACAUGCCGAUGCAGGAUGCCAUGAUGCUGAUUGGCCACAAUUACGACACUUAUAAGAUGGAGAACCGUGAGAAGGAGCGUGAGGAGAUAGCGCGCAAAGCCGCUAAAAUGGCUGACGACGUGCUUUUUCGUGACCCCGACCGCGAGACCCACCCGGUCACCGUACUAACGUCCAUCACGCUACUGGCAGAGAACAGGUUUUUAACGCCCGAAGAACUGGAAGGUAUGAUCGCGUAUCUCACUGACAAACGUGCUCGACUCGUCCGAAAUCCUGUGGACCCGCUUGCAGCCACCGUCCUUCCCCCAGCCGCUGAUGUGCCGCCUGCAUUGGGAAUGGGGACACCAGGACUGGCUCCUCCCCUUACUGCCCGUGUGGCACCGCAGCAGUCGGGCCACUUGGCGCCACAGCAGUCGGGCCACUUGGCGCCACAGCAGUCGGGCCACAUGGCGCCCCAAGCCAGUCUAAUGGCGCCCCAAGCCAGUCUAAUGGCACCGCAGCAGACUGGCAUCAUGGCUCCCCAGUCCAGCCACAUGGCUCCCCAGUCCGGCCACAUGGCUCCCCAGUCCGGCCAAAUGGCUCCCCAGUCCGGCCAAAUGGCUCCCCAGUCCGGCCACAUGGCGCCCCAAUCUAUGGCGCCACAGUCGACACCACUGAGCGCCCAGACCAACUCCAACCAGGAGCUCCAGGCCAAAAUUCUCAGCCUGUUUAAGAGCACCGCAACUUCAAGCGCCUCCUCGACCACUGCACAGUCUCAAGACUACGGCUCAGUGCGGGCCAGUGGGACGGCAGCUCAGGGCUACGCUGCUCCCAUGGGCCGCGCCGCCGCCGCCUCCCCGGGUGGUCCGAGAGCCGGUAACUCUUCUGGCGGUAUCAAUUUUGAUAACCCGAGUGUUCAGAAAGCUCUGGACACUUUGAUCCAGAGCGGACCGGCUCUCAACCACCUGGUGAACACUGGCGGCCUGGCACCACAACAACAGCAGCCGCAGCAGCAGCAACAACAACUGCACCACCAAUCCCAAAUACACCAACAACAAUCUCUUCAAGCAGGUCGGGCAGCUGCCAAUUUGGGCCAAAUGCCACAAAUGUACCCUCGACAUUACUAA